CUUAAAUCUUUUUUGAUUUUGCUCAUGCAAUUGCAAAUAAGUGACAGAAGUGAACGAAUGAAUAAAACAUAUUUAAAAUGGUAUUAAAUCAUUAAAUCUUUCAAAUCGUUAAAUCAUUAUUUUACAGUGAUAAAUCAACUUUUAGAGAGAUUGGAGAGAUUGAAAGAAAUUCAAAAGAUUAAAAAAUUUUCAAUAUUCCAUCGAUGAUAGUAUAGAAUCUAUAGAAUUAUGGGGAGAAAAUAUAAAGUGACAUAACCUAAUUUUUUAGAGUAUUUUUCGUAUUUUUUUUAAAAAAACAGCAUGCAAAGUAUAUAUAUUUCAUAAUAUUUGCUAGAAAAUGAUUUAUAAUGUCUCUGUGAUAAAAAAACAACUUUCAAAAGAAACAUGAAGAUGACUGUAAUGUUGAAACGUCAAAUUCUACUUAUUCAUCGACGAAAUCUUGGCACACUUGACGUAAACAAAUUGCGACCGGAACUUGUUCUUAGCAAUGAAAAUCGUGCAAGUUGCAUAGAAAAAUUAAAAGCCUAUAAAGUUCCAAAGAGAUUGGAUUUGAAACCAGUGAAAAAAGCGGCAAUUUUGGCACCGCUUUGUACUUAUAAUGGAGAAUUGGGAUUUCUCUAUACACUACGAUCGUCGAGACUCAGUUCGAAUCAAGGUCAAGUUUCCUUUCCGGGUGGAAUGCACGAUAAAACGGACGCAAAUUUAAUUGACACGGCGCUAAGAGAAACUUGGGAGGAACUUCGAAUUCCCAUAAAUAAUGUGAAUGUUUGGACGAGUUCGGAUUUAUUUAUAAGAAAAGACGUGAGUGUAUUGCCAGUGCUUGGCUACAUUGGGGAAAUUGAUCCCGAGAAGCUCAAUAUAAAUACUCGUGAAGUCGAGUCUGCCUUUGUUGUCACAUUGAAAGAUCUUUGCGAUCCUUCUUUAUGUCGUUUUACACAAUUUCGAAAUAAUUUCACACUGCCAGCUUACCUGGGUGGUAAAUAUCGUAUUUGGGGAUUGACUGCCGCGAUAACGCACAUGAUGAUGACGACACUUGUACCCAAUUGUUACACUCAUAAAAUUACGUACCUGAGACCUAUAGCAACACCACUAUGACAAUUUUUUCGUUUUUCCUUUUUUUUUACCUCUAGAUAGUGAAAAAUAAUAAUUCUAUUAAAUUUUUAUUCGUCCUCACAAAGAAUUGUAUAUUUUUGUUUUAUAA